GUUCUUAAUUAUAUUGCAGAAUUCCUGAGGACAAACAUUGCUGGCUUAGAGAACACGACUCUCAGGGAUGCUGAUAUUAGAAGAAUUUCAAAAGAGUUGAAAAACAUGAGAAUUGAAGUAAACCAUUUAACAUAUAGACGGAAAUAUCGCAUUUUGACUUUAACUCGGGAAAGAGCCGAUAGAUUAGAGUUUAACAUCACUGAAAAUGGAGUUAAUCGAAGAGAGACUGUAGCAAAUUAUUUCCAAAGGCAGUAUAAUAGGCGACUUCGUUUUCCUCACCUUCCCUGCUUACAAGUAAAUCCUGCAGCAAAGCAAAUAUAUUUGCCCAUUGAGGUUUGCGAUAUGGUUGAAGGUCAACACUGUAAGAAAAAACUGGAAGAAAAGCAGAGUGCAGAAAUGAUUAAAUUCACUAAAAGACCUCCUAGAACACGUUUUGAUGAGAUUAGAGAUUUACUGAAGAGAGCAGACUACAGCCGUGAUCAGUAUUUAAAAGAAUUUGGAAUGAGAGUAUAUAAUGAACCGUUAAGACUUGAAGGCAGAGUUUUAGGUCCUCCAAGUGUUCGCUAUAACGAGUCUAAAAUAGUGCCCACUGAUGGUUCCUGGGAUAUGCGUGGCAAACAGUUCUUUAAAGGAGCUGAAAUUGAUUCCUGGGUUUUCUUAAGUUUUGGAAAUUCAGGAUUUUGUUCUCAUGAGCACUUGAGCAAAUUUGCCAAAUUGUUAGUUAAU